UGCCAUAGCAGAAUUUUCAUUUUAGUCGUCGUUUUACUAGAAACCCUAAACAGAGCUCUGAAAUCGUUCUCGAGUGUUUGAGAGAUUUUUGUUAAAUUCAUAGAUGCUUUAGUAGGUCAGUUUCUUGUGUAACGGUACUUGUUCACAAAUUGUGCUUUAAUAUCUUCUUCACACCGAAGAACGAUAUUUACUUUAUUGAAGCACUUCUGUGAUUUCUCUUUAUCGUUUAAAAAGCAAGGAAAGUUAUAUUCCCAGCUCAUACAUACUCGUGAAAUUUUCAAUUUCCAAGCAUGGCCAUCAUAACUGAUCAUAUACAAGAAGAAGAAGAAGAAGAAGCUGAAGAAGAAGAAGAAGAAGCAACAACAACAUAUGAUGUUUUCCUGAGUUUCAGAGGUAAAGACACUCGUCUAGGUUUUACGGAUCACCUCUACCAAGCUUUGGUGAAUGAAAACAUCUCUACCUUUCUUGAUGAGGAAGAGGUUGAAACUGGGGAAGAACUUAAACCCGAGCUUGCAAGAGCUAUAAAAAGCUCUCGUGCUUCGAUAAUUGUUUUGUCUAAGAACUACGCGUCUUCAACAUGGUGUCUGGAUGAGCUGGUGAUGAUCCUUGAGCAACGAAGGGUCUCUGAUCAUAUUGUUCUCCCUGUUUUUUACAAUGUCGAGCCGACACAUAUCAGAAAGCAAGAAAGCACUUUUGGGGAAGCGUUAUUUGAACACAAACAGAGGAUUGAGUCCGAAAAGGAUGCGAAGAAGAAAAUUCAAGGCGCUUGUAAGUUGGUGAUGUGGACGAAAGGACUUACAGAAAUUGCUGAUUUGAAAGGAAAAAAUGCAACUGGCAGACGAGAGACAGUGGUCAUUGAAGAACUUGUUAAGGAAAUUAGUAGUAAACUGGAACUACACAUGCGGAGUAAAAUCCCACACCUAAUUGGGAUGGACAUUUCUGUUCAUUUCAUCAGUUCCUGGUUGAAAGGAGGAUCAUCAGAAACUGUGGAAAUUCUCACAAUUUGGGGAAUGGCUGGGAUCGGAAAGACAACUCUAGCAGAAUAUAUCUAUAGGUUGCAUCGCCAUGAAUUUGAAAGAAGUAGCUUUCUUGAAGACAUUGAAAGAAGAUGUGCAGGACAAAAACGUGCACUGCUUGAUUUACGAAGACAGCUUCUUGGAGACAUUCUUAAGAAAAGAAUGAAUGAAGAACAUAAUGUAGAUGCUCACACAUCUAAGAUUGAGAAAGCAUUGCUUAAUAAAAAAACGUUUUUGGUUCUUGAUGGUGUUGAUAACUCUGAGCAAGUGGAUGAGUUGAUUGGAGCAAAAGGUUUUCAUCCUGGAAGCAAGAUUAUCAUUACAACUAGAGAUGUGUCCCUAACAGAAAAAUGUGCAUUAUUUUGCAUGAGAUUUCCUCCAAAACAUAGAAAACAUGCACUUCAUGGUUUAAGUGAUAGCGGAUCUUUAAGACUUUUAUGUUGGCAUGCAUUUCGAGGCUAUGAACCCAAGGAAGGUUAUAAAGAAGAGGCAAUAAGAGCUUCAAAGUAUUGUGGAGGAAAUCCAUUGGCUCUUAAAGUUUUGGGUAGUUCAUUAAUUAAUGAAGAUGUAGCCAUAUGGAAUGAUAUCUUUGAACCGCUAGAGACUAGAGAACUUCAUACAGAGGUACACAAGGUCCUGAAGAUUAGCUUUGAUUCUUUGCCAUCUGAAAAUUGCAAAGAAUUGUUUAAGCAUAUUGCAUGUUUUUUUGUUGGAAGAGAUAGAGAAGUGACCGAAAGAAUAUUAAAGGGAUGUGGUAUCCGCACAUCUUAUGGGAUAACAAAGCUCAUCAAUAGAGGUCUUCUCACAAUUGGAGAAAGAAAUGAGUUGAAGAUGCAUCAACUCGUUCAAGAGAUGGGGAGAGAUUUAGUUUUUAAGGAAUCACCUCACAAGCCAUGGAAACGCAGUCGAGUGUGGAAUCAUGAGGAGUCCCUCAACUUGCUGUUACAAGAAAAGGGUACAACAAAAAUUCAAGGUCUUGUCCUUGACAUGAAAAUGUUGGAGAAAGAUACGUUACAUGGAUUGAGUAGUGUCAUGGAGCAUGAAUUUGAAGAGAAUGAUACAAACGCGAUAUUCGGAACAGGUUCAUCAACCCACACUGUUCUAAAGAUCUCAUCUUCUCAUUGCAAGAAAAUCGAAAUAAGAACAAAUGCAUUUAGUAAGAUGGAUAAACUACAUCUACUCCUACUCAAUCAUGUAAGACUCAAAGGAUCCUACAAAUAUUUUCCUAAAGGUUUAAGGGGGUUGUGUAUGCAUGGAUUCCAAUUAAAUCAUAUACCUUCCAACUUGCCAAUGCAAAAUUUGGUUGCUCUUGACUUGUCGUACAGCAAUUUGACACAGCUUUGGAAGCGGCCACAGCUUCUUAGGUCAUUGAAGAUUCUUAAUGUAAGCUAUUGCAAGGUUGUUAGAGUUGGUGGCUUCUCUGGGCUACCUGCACUUGAGAGGUUGAUAUUAGCAGGAUGUGCACGUUUGACUCAAGUGUGUGAAUCAAUUGGUGGAUGUGAGAGCCUUGUUCUUCUUGAUAUGAGCUACUGUGAGAAACUUAAAAACCUUCCAAACAGCAUUAGCAAGUUAACAAGUGUUAGAAUUAUAUCAUUAAACCGUUGCAGAGCUAGUAUUCGCAUAAAUAUACAUGCCUUUUUACUAGUAACCUUGUCACUUAGAAACAGUAAUUUAAUUACCGAAUCCUUUCCAAUGGAUUUCAGCUGCAUGUCAGCAUUGAGGGAAUUAGAACUAGAUGAGAAUCCAAUUGAUUCUCUCCCGGUUUGUGUGAGAAGCCUUAGCAGGCUUGAGGUACUCAGUAUGGUAGGAUGUCAGCUGUUGAAGUCCGUUUUGUGCCCACAUACAAUCAAAAUUUUGUUUGCUCAACUGUGUCUCUCACUUAUUGAAAUAACAUUUCCUCAAGAAAUGUCAGCAUUACCAGCUGUGUGUUACUGGUAUUCGGAGUCAUUGACUGAAGUUCAAGGCAUAAUAAAAAUUGAAGCUAUGGCACAAAUUGAUGACCCGAUAUUCUGUAGCUUGGGGUGGACAAAUUUACAACAUCUGAAAGAUGAGAAGAUGCAGAUCUUUGAUAUAGACCUAUGGUUCUCUGCAAAGAAACUUCCAGUCCAUAUGUAUUACGAAUUUGGAAUAUUUAGCACAUGUUUUUCAGGGAAAGUGGUGCCAGAUUGGUUACCUCAUAAAAGCAAUGGUUCAUCAAUAUCAUUCAUCAUGCCAUUGUCCUCCAUGAAUAAAAGAAUACAAGGACUCAAUAUAUGCUUUGUGCAUGCAUUUCUGGGCACAGGGAAGGCUAGUUCAUUAGGAAUAAAAGUACAGAACAUGACAAAAAAUCGUAUGUGGGUAUAUUUUGGUCAUAUAGUUGUUGUCCAAGAAGGUGAUGAAGAUAUAGUAUGGUUAAGCCAUUGGAUGUUUGGGAACAAUGAGCUUGAAAAUGGUGAUGAAGUUAGUGUUACCAUAUUAGACGAAGAGGAAGAUAGUGGUGUAAUGGUAAGAGAGUGUGCAGUCAGUCCAGUGUACAAUGAUGGAGACAAUGAAGAAGAUCCUUUGAGUUAUUACAAGUCGUGGAAACAUAUCAUUGGUGGAGAUCUGUCUGCUUUUCAAUUAACUUCAGGAGACUACUUCUUAUAUCGUAAUCGGUUUUUUUACCCUCCGCAUAGCUUUAAAGAUUUCUUUGAACAUAAAAGAAUCCAGAAUUUCGUUGGCUAUAUUCCCCAAUAUAUAGAUGAGGGUUUGUACUAAUGAUUUCUCCAAUGGCAAACAUCACAUCAACAACUGAGAUCUUCUUGACCUCUUUUGUCUGCGCGCCAUACAGACCAUGCGUGUGUAGACGUUAGCCUUCGCAGACUAUUCGUUUUUUAGAAGACCACAAAUUUGAAAAGGUCCGUGUGUCCUCUCCCAGUGCAGUUGUAGACAAGAUUCUUCUAACAUCUUUCUAGCCUAAUUUUUUUUUCUUAUUUGAAUACCUCUUUUUUUGUAACCUCUUUAAACAUAAACAUUAAUAAUUUUUGUUUGAAUGCUCUUUUUUUGUAAUAUUUUCUUUAUUUUAACUACAACAAAAUACAAUAAAUAUCAAACAUAUACGUUAAUUCA